UUUGCUGCCAUGUUGCUAAGAUGGAGAUUAUCUUCCCUUAACACUACAUUAAAAAUUUGCUUGCUGAUCCUGCAGUGCAGCAAAUGCAUUGUACACCCUGUAAUGUACACACUGAUGAUCUGUUAAAGAAAGAGCUGGAAUACCUGUCAAGUAAGAAAACUGUUAUGGUAAUAAUAUUUUCUUUCUGUUUAAAAUGUCACAUUAAUUAAUAUGUACCUGAUUUGGCCUGACUAGAAUGUGUCCCACUGCCAGGGCUUCACUGACCUUUAGUUGGCCUUGGUGUGGGGGCGCUAUCGCUUAGGGUUUAGUCUAUGGAAGUAUCUGAAGGGACUGACUCAUACUGGACACACUGCCAAAAUGUUUAUUAAUAAACUGUGUUGUUGGUGUGUACACAACUUUAAUAUCCAGCAGAAUGCAGGAGUCAAACACAUAUGUCCGGAUUAUGUACUGUAUUAUAGUAUAUCAAAUGAAAAAUAAGGAAAGGGCUGGAAAUGACACCCCUUGACAGAAACAAUGUCACUGGUACUGGUCCACUUGACGUGGUGGGUUCAAAAUAUCAGCAUGUAUGCAGACCCCAAUGUCCUGUAUUAUCCUAGGUUCUUUUUAUAGCUUGUGAACAGGAGAGAGCAGCUGCCCUUUAAUUUUCCAGUGACAUUCUCUAUAGACUCAGCUCUACACAGUUACUCCCAGACUUUAGUCCCUAGCCCUGUCCUUGGCUUACUGACACACAAAUUACACUGUUACUACAGUGUCUUCUCUGACCUAAGCUAGGUACUGAUCUCAGUCAUGGCAGAGAAAAAGGCCACCGGCAGGGCAAAUAUAGUAAAAAGGAAAGAGAAGAGUGUGGAGAGCAAGGCUGAAAAAGAGAUGGAGAAAAAAGUGGAAAACAACACAGAGAGUGACAAACAGAAGGUAAAGGACAAGGUGAAAAACAAGCCGGAGCCAGAGGACGAGAAGCCAAAGGGAAAUGGAGAGACAGUUCAGGGAGCUCAAGGUGGUACAGAGGAUGGAGAAUUUCAACUGGAGCCUAUGGAGCUACCUCCAUUUGAGAUCAUUGUAGGAGAUCGUCUCAACCCAUCCUUCUUCAAGUUUCAGUUCAAAAAUGUUGAGUACUCCUCAGGCCGAAACAAGACCUUCCUAUGCUAUCAAGUGGACAUAAAGAGUGAUGCAGGAGAACCUGAUGGUCUUCGUGGAUACUUGGAGGAUGAGCAUGCAGGUGCGCAUGCUGAGGAAGCCUUCUUCCAGCAGGUUUUACCUCAAUACGACAAAUCGCUGCAAUACACAGUCACCUGGUAUACAUCAUCCAGUCCCUGUGUAGCAUGUGCCAAUAAAUUAGCAGAGAUCCUGCGGGCCAGAAAAACACUGCGCCUCAACAUUCAUUGCUCCCGUCUCUUCCUGUGGGAGGAGCCUGAAAUACAGGCAGGGCUGAAGGCCUUGGUAAAUGCAGGGUGCAAACUACGGAUGAUGAGGCCACUGGACUUCACCUACGUAUGGUCCACUUUUGUGGAAAAUGAGGAAGACAGUUUUACACCAUGGGAGGACUGUCAAGAUAACUAUGAGUAUUAUGAUGAGAAGCUGACUGAUCUUCUUCACUAGGGAUUUAACUCUUAAGGGACAUAGUUUUCCUCUCACUGCACGUGCAUCUUUUAUCAGGUGGAAUGUUUUGAUGUCCUGUUCAAUGUCCGUUCAACACAGAACCACGAUUAUGUAUCGGAAUAGUCCAGUAAUGGGACAAUAAUGGAGUACAAAUGGAAUAGGACAAUAAUGGAGUACAAAUAUUGCACACUUGUACUUAAUCACCAGCUUCUAUUGUUUUUAUGUUACUCUAUUAUUUACACUUGUACUCUAUUUACAUUAAAUUAAAUUUCAUUUAAACACCA